CGAAUGGAAAUAUUGCGUCUUAUUAAGGAAAACUGAAAGCAAAGAAGAAGGGGAGCAUGGUUGAGUGUGAAGGCUCUCACUCAAAAUAUGGCCUCUGAUUACAACUCUACCCAAUUGCAAAGUCCCCAAACAGUUAGAAACYAUUCCACGACGGUACAAAAUGAAUCAGGGAGACAGAAGUUGCAGCAGAAUGAACUAAGAGAGCAAGAAUCCGUGAUUUCUUCGCAGCACAAUGGCGUCGUUUUCACUUCGGCUUCGCCACAGAAUUCUCCAACUUCGUCUUUUGCUACUUCAAAUCCUGUUUCAGAAACUGACGUUCUGCCACAAAAUGUUGUUGAGUCUAUCAUCCAGCAAGGGUUUCCUGCUCUAGCAAAAACGACAAAGCCCAUUCCAGCAAGUGUGUUUUCAUAUCGAUUUGCAUCUGCYUCUAAUAAUCAGACACCCUAUUAUAUUUCUUCUGAUAUUGUAUUAAGUGGAGGAAUUGCACAACAAACAAGAAGGAGGAUUGUUCAUAAUGAAGUUGAGAGAAGACGAAAGGACAAAAUUAAUAGUUGGAUUACCAAAUUGGCAGAAGUUAUUCCUAAAUGUGCAUAUGGAAAACAGAGUAAAAACAUAGUCUUGGAGAAUGCUGUAGAACAURUAACUGAAGUGAAUGAGAAGUUGAGGCUGUUGGAAGAAUCRCAGCUUAACAAGAACAAACUUGAAUCAGAAAAUGAAGCUUUGAAGGCCCGAGUGUCUGCACUUCAUGARSAAAACAAAAAUUUAUUAUCUUUACUGGAAAAGAACAAGAUUCCUAUACCAGAUUCCCURAYAACUGCAACAAAACCUGUGAYCAAACAAAACUCAUUAUCACCCCCAACGUCAACACAAGGGAUAGUGACAAUAAAUAAUCCACCUAGCAAUACAACAGUCACUUGGUCUACAUCAGGAAGAAUACCCACAACUUCUGCAUCAUGGGACAAAAAUCAGCCCACCAACCAAAAAGUGCCUGAUGAUACGUCCUUGAURAUGUCAGGGAAUGAUAUUACACAUUGCUUGCCUCAAACUCAARCCAAUGUGUCAAUGUAUACAGUAUCAUCAAUAAUGAAUGGCUUUACACAUGGGGAGUCCCUUGUUGAUGCUCCCAUACAGAACAAUCAGCUUGAUACUUUAGCCAUAACUGUGCCAUCAGCAUCUGCUAAUUUUGAAAAUCCAUCAAUUGGUCUUCCAGUUGUAGUAACCKKAAAUAUUGGUUCACAAGCUAACCUUGUGACAACACAGAAUGCCAACCCYGGGCAUAUUACAUUAGAUAGAACAACUACUAACAACAAUCUUAAGCCAAGUCAGAAAAUAAUUUCUCUUGGAAAUUCUACACAAGGUGGAUCCCAAGGGGUGACACAAGUUCUUCUUUGUCAAGGAGCGCUACCACAGAGUGCUGUCACACAAGGUACUCCAGCAGUUAAUGUUCCUGGAGSACCCUUGGGUUCUCAGGGGACCCCAGUCAUUAAUGUGCCUACAGGGCCUUUGGUAACACGAGGGAUUCCAAUUGUUAAUAUACCUUCAGCACCAUUGGGGGCGCAAGGUACUUCUUUUGUUAAUGUCCCAUCAGGACCAUUUCUAAGCCKAGGGACUCCAAUUUCAAAUGUACAUUCAAGGCCACUAGCCACCCAAGGAGCACAAAUUGUUAAUGUACCCACAGCACCAUUGGUCACAGCGAUUGCAAACACUGUGCCAGUUUCCCAGUACAUGGCAAGUUCUCUGACCAGUAAUACAGGAUUAGCCAUUCAAAGUCAAGGACCCAUUAUGACUCUUCAAACACCAAGCUCAUCAACACUGUCUAUUGGUAACAGAACAAUUUCUUUGAUGGGUAAAGGAAACACAGUUGUUUCACAAAAUAACACAUCAAAUCGGCCCUCUACAAGGAUUACUGAUAAUGCAGUUCCUGGUCAAGGUGUUACUGUCAUUACCAGUCCUAUCAAUCAACCAUUGCCAGGGACCAAUAGCGUUAGAGUCCUCCCUGCUGCCAUAGUAACACAAGGACUGGUUACCUUAACAAACUCUGUCACACCAAGUGCGAAUCCAAUCCCAGUGGCAACACAAUCUUCUGGUCUUGUUACAAUGAACGUACCUACUUGCCCCGUUGGCAUUGGUCAAGGAACUUCAGUUGUCUCCAUAGCAGGAGGGACGGGAACUCUUAGUUCAAUAAGUACACAACAGCCUGGCUUUGUGACCUUGAAACUCCCAAAGACGUCUAUACAACAGACAUGUAAUACUUCCAUGACGCCAAAUCUCAUAAAUUCAGGGACCACACCCACUGUCAAUCUUACGCCAUCACCUGGGACUGCGUUUGUUAUCGUGCGCAGUGCUCCUUCACAACAACAACCUAACACAUAUCCCACUCUACCAACUCAGUCAUCAAUUCAAACUACUAAKCUUACUAAUGCUAGUUUAGUAUCCACUAAGAUUACACCAUCAACGAUUAUUCAACCGAUAAUACAACAACCGAACACCUUGCAGACACCAUUCACUAUCAUUACAGCCAACACAUCUACACCAGUCGUUGCCGUAACCACAAAAACUGCCAAUAUGACGAAAAGAAGUCACCCGAAUGGAAUAGCCAGGUCGAGAGCUGUAUUCAGUGCCUCACCACAGCCACCAGCCAAGGUAUCGAAAAAUAAUAAUGGAAAGAAAAGGCAGUCAAACAGGACAUCGAGUAGCUCAAAACCAAAGGCAUCCAAGCAAAACAAAUCUAGUCAAAGAAAAGCGGUCUCUAGUGCUUCACCGUCAGUUGAUUCCMCACGGGAGAAUGUAACGAGAGAACGAAGCUCAUCCAAUGUUGAURUUUGUCAACAGGACAUGCUUAGUAUUCAAAACUUUAGCAUCAGUAGUCUUAUUCCAAGUAUUGAAUCACAGAACUCUGCAAACAAGAACAACCCCACCCUGACCAACACUCUAUCAUCAAAUAAUGAUAUGAAGAAGCAAGGGGGGAGCAUACCUCGUACAAAACCCAACCAACCCUCGACAAGUCUCCGUUUAUCCCAUAGCAUUGAUGCCCUGACAGGAAGAAGACAGGAACAUGCUGCUGUUCAACAGCAAAAUAUUUUAAGCUUUUCGGCAGAGUCACUUUUAGGGACUGGGGAAGACCUUGUUUCCAGUCUUCAACCUAUCUCCUGUGCAACGGCGUCAAGCACUACUCUAAGUUCUCAGAACAGUCUCAACAUAUCUUCAUUCCAAGAUAACACAGCUGAUGGAAAUAUCAAUCAUUCUUUCUCGAACUUCUCGGCAGAAGCCUUGAUCUCUGAAACCGAUUUGAUGGGAAUUUCAAAUGAUAACCAGACCUCUCGCUCAAAUUUCACACAGGGAAGCCAGAGUGUUAAAUCCGCCCCAAGUAGAACUCAAAUGUUUUCAGACUUUUCAGCAGAAUCUUUAAUCAAUUCCAGUGACCUUGGCUCUGGUUUGUCAUACGCUAUUGAUAACCUGAUAUCCCGUUCUGAUAACAGUGAGAACAGCAUUGCUAUGGCAACUGUCAAUCCAAAUUUACUACAUUCAAGUACAUCCAACCUAAUACCAGAUAGCCUGGGCCAUCCAGUGUUUACGCACACUACGUCAGGACCGCUGGUCAAGAACUACUGUGACUUUCAGAACACUUCAAACACUAGCACAGACAAUCAAAGUUUCACCAAGUACGGCUUCACGAGUCCACAAAAGCAACCAAAAGAAAUAUUUUCUUUUAAACCGAACGGCGCAACGACCUAUUCCUCUAUGACAACGUCUCCGACAUACUUAAAACAUUCCGUGGAUAGUAUCACUGCGUCACAGCAUAACGCAGUCUCUACAGUGGGUGGGGUGUUUGGUUCACCGGGUAUUAGUAAUACUCUAACUGGACCUUCAUUUAAUUCUUUAUUUUCUUUGGACCAAAUGAAUUCACAGCAAUAUCAAGUUGGUGGCAAUCCUUUUGCCCCACUGUCUAGUAAUUUAACAAGGACGUCCUACCAAGGACCAACUAUGGGUAGUUUUGCGUAGUUUGUCCACUAGUGGUUUUCACUAAUACAUGACAGUAGCUGGCUUAGAUGGUAACAAGUAAGAAUUUUGUAAAAACAGUAAUGUAACGGAUGUGAUGGAGACUACUGUGACAUAGUUGCUGUCAUGUAAAUGGUAACAAAUCUAAAUGUUUUCAAAAUGCGUGAAAAUACAUAGCAUUAUAUCAAGWGAAGAAAUGAGAAAUAGAAACUGAAGUCAUGAGAGUUUUUCAUCGUGUUAUUAAUAAUAUAUUUAUAACAAUAGCAAUCGUAUACAAUACAAUCGUCAGUGGAUAUCUAUAGAUUUUCAAUAACCAAAAGCCACUGGGCAGAUGUUGUGUAAUAUAGAUAAAUAAUAUUAUUUACGAAUAGCCAGUGGCAUGAAUAACAAGAUGGUAUUGAUUGCCAUUGAUACGUAUUUCCUGGCUUAAUUUAAUCUUAAUUUAUUAAAUCUUUUGUAUUUAUAGAUCGAUGUGUUUAUUACCGCUUACUAUUUCUUUUUUUAUUAAAAUUUUUAUUAAAAUUUUUGUUUAUUAGAA